AUGGAAAAAUGUGGCAUAGAAAUCGAUGCAACUGUUUCGGGAGAAUUUACGAGAGAGUUGUGGGAACUAACCCUAGCGUCUUUGCGCGCGAAUUUCCGCUCUUCCCUUUCUUCUUCACCAUUGGAUGUCUCAGCGGCGUAUUUGUUGCAAAGGGCAGGCGGUGUCUCCGCUGUGCGCCAAGAUGUAAUUCGCUUCCUGAGCGAAGCUAUUCAGAGGAAGGCUCAAGUUGAACACAACUUGCGCGUUAUGGGAGAGGUGAAAUUUACAGAGGAUAUAAGUGAAUUAGGAGAUCGCUUUUCCCCUGGAACUCCUUUCACCCUUCACUUGCGUGCGGAGCUGCAUCCCAGAGUUCGUUUCAAGCGCUCUUACAAGGGUCUCAAUCUUCGCGUGCCGAGACAGCCGUAUGUGAAGGGUCAUUUGUUUAAAUUAACAACAGACUAUCUGCUGUACAAGCAUUCAACUGUGACGGACUAUCCGGAGUCUGCACACCCAGCUGACGAAGGGGAUUCAGUCCUUCUGCAGGUGGAGUUCGGCUGGUUUGAAGAGCGCGAUGGUUCCUUUGGCCCCAAAAUUCCGUCAGAGUUUAUAUGUGGGGAAACGACGCUUGAUCUUCUUAGGCCCUGGAUUCCUGUUGAGCUGUUGGGGGCCGUUAAAGGUAUUUCUUUAGGCGAGAGGCGAACCGUCAAGCUGGCGAUCCCCUUUAGUACCUCCCAGUUGCUGGAAAUAAAUGCAAGACAGGCAUAUGACGCCAGCGAAGAACAGCAAACAGAUGUUGGAGAGAGAAGGAUGACGGAGGGAUGCUCAGAGGAAGGCCGCAGUCUUGUUCCGCUAUACCUGCAGAGCCUCGCAGGCACAGAGAAAGACAAAUUUUUGAGGAAGUUUUUUUCACAGGAGGGGGAAUCGCCAGGUGAUGUUGGCGGCACGGCAGCAUCAGAAGUGGCCUCCGCGGCCGACACUGGUGAUGCCAGCACCGAAGAGCGAAGUAACAUAGCAGGAAAGGAACAAGUGGGAAUAUCUGGAGACACCUAUGAAGACAGUGGUGAAGAAGCUGAAGAUGAAAUACAUCACAUCGAUUGUCUUCUUCAGGUCAAAUGCGUUGGAGUGAAACGCCGCAUUUGGCCGGCUGCUGAUGAUGCCUUCUUUCAGAAAGCAUGCCAAAUGAGCCGGGCUGAGUUGUGGGAGAAAAUAGAGGCCGCCGCGGAGGACUUGGCCAAGAAUGCAGCGUCAAAGCAUGCUUUAGGUGCUGCAGCUCAGGCUCUCGAUGAAAUAUCUCAAGUGGAUGUGCCAGAGUCUCUCUUUGAUGCACAAGCAAAUGCCACAUGGAAACAGCAGCUGCGAGCACGAGAAAUCCAAGGGGAGAAUGACAAGAAAAACCGAACCAAAGAAGACUUUAUGAAGUGGAAAGAGGAGAACCGGCGGGGGAUAGAGAGCAUACUUACAACAGCCUUUGCCAUCCAGGCGGUUUACAAGAGGGAAGGACUGCAAGUGGAUGAAAAAAAAUUACAGGCGGACCUCGCUAAGGCGCUCCUGCAGACAACAGGGGAAGCCCCGGAGGCCGUCCUAAAGCAGCUCUAUAAAAAGGCGCAGGCGGCGCUUGUGUACAAGUUCAUUUUAGAGCAUGCAAAUGUGGAGUAUUACGUCAAUGAUACACCCGCCGAAAUUACAGUGCAGCCCGACGGAACUGCGGUGCCUCAGCAAGGCGUCAGGGCCUUUCCUCGUGGGGUUGACGUGGAGGAAUGGCACAAGACCAGAAGGGAAACUGUGAAGGAACGAGACAAUUUACGAAAGCAAGCAGAGCGUUUCUACAUUGAUCCCAAAACUGUGAAGAAACUGGACAACGAUAAUUCAACAAAGCCGGAAUAA